GCUGUCGCCAGUUCCCUUAGCCCGAGGUGCUUCACUGCCCGGCUGUGCCGUAAAGCAUUCCUGGCCCCAGCCCCGGGCCGUAUUCCCUCAGGGUGUCUGUCUCCCGCGGUUGCCACGGUGCCGCCAAGCGCGGCUGUCGCGCGGCCCCGGUGUCAGCGGCGAUGGCGGCGGGGUCGGGUGGGAGCGGGGGCUCCGGGGGCGGCCCCGGGCCGGGGCCGGGCGGGGGUGGGGGCCCCGGCGGGAGCGGCCCGGGGCCGGGGUCCGGCGGGGCGGGUCUGGGCAGCGGCGGAGAGCUGCACCCGCGCACGGGGCGCCUGGUGAGCCUGUCGGCCUGUGGGCGAAUAGCGCGGCGACAGCAGCCGGGCCAGGAGUUUAACCACGGGCUGGUGUUGAGCCGAGAACCCCUGCGCGAUGGCCGCGUCUUCACCGUCCGCAUCGACCGCAAGGUCAACUCCUGGAGCGGCUCCAUUGAGAUUGGGGUGACAGCGCUGGACCCCAGUGUCCUGGACUUUCCAAGCAGCGCCACGGGACUAAAGGGGGGCUCAUGGGUGGUGUCGGGCUGCUCGGUGCUGAGGGACGGACGCUCAGUGCUGGAGGAGUACGGCCAGGACCUGGACCAGCUUGGCGAGGGGGACCGCGUGGGCGUGGAGCGCACAUCCGCUGGGGAACUGCGGCUCUGGGUGAAUGGCCGGGACUGUGGCGUGGCCGCCACGGGCCUGCCUGCCCGGGUCUGGGCUGUCGUGGACCUCUAUGGCAAGUGCACCCAGAUCACUGUGCUGCCCCCGGAGCCAGGCUUCUGUCCCCCAGUGCCCCCGCCCACCCCUCCACUCGAGCCAUCGGCUGAACAGGGGACUUCCGGGGAAGAAGCCUUCAUGGUAUCUCCAGCACAGGCCCGGCCGGAGACGUUUCCUAACAGCCUUGACUCGCACAAUGAUUUGGCCAGCAUGGAGCUGUCGGAGGUGGUGAGUAACACCAUCCUGUCUGCCUACGAUGGGGGGCUCCUGAACGUGAGCCUGAGCUCCCCGCCGGCCGGGGAUGGGCCGGCAGCCAGCGCUGCUGCCACCUCACCUGUGCUCACCUCCAACGACGCCCUGCUCUUCCACGAGAAAUGUGGCACCCUCAUCAAACUCAGCAACAACAACAAGACGGCAGAGCGGCGGCGGCCCCUGGAUGAGUUCAACAAUGGUGUCGUCAUGACCAACCGUCCACUGCGGGACAAUGAAAUGUUUGAGAUCCGCAUCGACAAGCUUGUGGACAAGUGGUCAGGAUCCAUCGAGAUCGGGGUGACCACGCACAAUCCCAACAGUCUGGAGUACCCAGCCACCAUGACCAACCUCCAGUCAGGCACCAUCAUGAUGAGCGGCUGUGGGAUCCUGACCAAUGGCAAGGGCACACGGCGCGAGUACUGUGAGUUCAGCCUGGAUGAGCUGCAGGAGGGUGACCACAUCGGCCUCACAAGAAAGUCCAACUCUGCCCUGCACUUCUUCAUCAAUGGCAUUGACCAGGGUGUGGCCACCCCCCUAACACCCCCAGUGGUGUACGGGGUGGUGGACUUGUACGGGAUGGCAGUGAAGGUGACCAUCGUCCACAAUAACAACCACAGCGACCGUCUGCGCCGCAACAAUGCCAUCCUGCGGGCACUGUCCCCUGAGGGCGCCCUCCGGCGAGCUGCCCCUGCAACCCAGGCGGAACCCGAGCGCCUGCUCUUCCACCCCAACUGCGGACAGAAGGCCGCCAUCACCCACGAGGGACGCACGGCCCUGAGACCCCAUGCCACUGAUGACUUUAACCACGGCGUGGUGCUGAGCAGCCGAGCCCUGCGGGACGGGGAGGUGUUCCAGGUACGCAUUGACAAGAUGGUGGACAAGUGGGCUGGCUCCAUCGAGAUCGGCGUCACCACACACAACCCUGCCUACCUCCAGUUACCCUCCACCAUGACCAACCUGCGCUCUGGGACCUGGAUGAUGACUGGCAACGGCGUGAUGCACAAUGGGACAACUAUCCUGGACGAGUACGGGCACAACCUGGACCGCCUCAAGGCAGGGGACACGGUGGGCGUGGUGCGGCGUGAGGACGGGACCCUCCACUUCUUUGUCAACGGGAUGACGCAAGGCCCCGCUGCCUGGAACGUGCCUCCUGGGGUCUAUGCCGUCGUUGAUCUCUAUGGCCAGGCGGCCCAAGCCACCAUCGUGGAUGACGUGGAGGUGCCUCCAGUAUCUGAGCCCCUCCCGGAGGGGAACAACCAGGUGUCUCCAGGCUCCCCAUCCUCCGGGGCUGGGGGCUCUGACCUGCGCUUUCACCAGCUGCACGGCAGUAAUGCGGUCAUCACCAACGGGGGCCGCACUGCGCUCCGCCACAACUGCCGCAGCGAGUUCAAUGAUGCCAUCGUCAUUUCCAACCGGGCCCUGCGGGAUGGAGAGCUCUUUGAGAUUGUGAUUCAGAAGAUGGUGGACCGCUGGUCAGGCUCCAUCGAGGCUGGAGUGACUGCUAUCCGACCAGAAGACCUGGAGUUCCCCAACACCAUGACUGACAUCGACUAUGACACGUGGAUGCUGAGCGGCACUGCCAUCAUGCAGGACGGUAACACGAUGCGCAACAAUUACGGCUGCGACCUGGACGCACUGGGCACAGGCGCGCGCAUUGGCAUGAUGCGCACGGCCAAGGGCGACCUGCACUACUUCAUCAACGGCCAGGACCAGGGUGCCGCCUGCUCAGGCUUGCCUCCGGGUAAAGAGGUGUAUGCCGUUGUGGACCUGUACGGCCAGUGUGUCCAAGUGUCCAUCACCAACGCCACCGGCCCUGUGGACAACAGCCUGACGACCAGCAACACAGCCACCGAGAAGUCAUUCCCCCUGCACUCCCCAGUGGCCGGUGUGGCUCACCGAUUCCAUAGUACCUGCGGCAAAAAUGUCACCCUGGAAGAGGAUGGGACGAGGGCAGUGCGUGCGGCUGGCUAUGCCCACGGCCUCGUCUUCAGCACCAAGGAGCUCAGGACUGAGGAAGUCUUUGAGGUCAAAGUGGAAGAGCUGGACGAGAAGUGGGCAGGGUCCCUCCGACUGGGGCUGACCACACUCGCCCCGGGGGAAAUGGGGUCUGGAGCAGGUGGUGGCCCAGGACUGCCUCCUUCCUUGCCAGAGCUCCGGACAAAAACCACCUGGAUGGUAUCCAGCUGCGAAGUGAGGCGUGACGGGCAACUGCAGAGGAUGAACUAUGGACGGAACCUGGAGAGGCUGGGGGUGGGCAGCCGGGUGGGCAUUCGCCGGGGGGCUGACGACACAAUGCACAUCCUGGUGGAUGGAGAAGAUCUGGGACCCGCAGCCACUGGUAUUGCCAAGAACGUGUGGGCUGUGUUGGACCUUUACGGGCCAGUACGCUGCGUCUCCAUCGUCAGUUCCACCCGGCUGGAGGAGCCAGAAAGCACCCAGACUCCUUCCCCUAGCUUGGACACUGGCAGUGAGGGCGAGGAGGAGGAUGAGGGCGAGGAGCGAGGCUCUGGAGGCCAGGAUCAAGUGGAUGUUGUGCCCACAGCACUCGAGUUCCUGGAGAACCAUGGCAAGAACAUCCUCCUAUCCAAUGGGAAUCGGACAGCCACACGUGUGGCCAGCUACAAUCAGGGCAUCGUCGUCAUCAGCCAGCCCCUCGUUCCCCAGCUUCUGGUCCAGGUGCGGAUAGACUUCCUGAACAGGCAGUGGACAUCUUCUCUUGUCCUGGGUGUCAUCACCUGCCCCCCUGAGCGACUCAACUUCCCUGCGUCUGCCUGCGCCUUCAAACGGGCCGCCUGGCUGCUGCGCGGUCGUGGCGUCUUCCACAAUGGGCUCAAGAUCUGUGAGAAGUUUGGGCCCAACCUGGACACAUGUCCUGAAGGCACCAUCCUGGGCCUGCGGCUGGACAGCUCUGGAGGGCUGCACCUACAUGUCAAUGGGGUGGACCACGGUGUGGCGGUGCCAGAUGUGCCCCAGCCUUGUCAUGCGCUGGUGGACCUUUACGGGCAGUGUGAGCAGGUGACAAUCGUCAGCCCAGAGCCAGGGGUUGCCAGUGGGAAAAGUGCUGGCACCCAAGGGGACAUGGAGAAAGCCGACAUGGUCGAUGGGAUCAAGGAGAGUGUGUGCUGGGGUCCCCCACCCACUGCGAACCCCCUAAAGAGCUGCGAGUACCACGCCCUUUGUUCCCGCUUCCAAGAGCUGCUGCUGCUUCCCGAGGACUAUUUCAUGCCUCCACCCAAGCGUAGCCUGUGCUACUGUGAGUCCUGCCGGAAGCUUCGAGGAGACGAGGCCCACAGGCGCAGAGGGGAGCCCCCAAGGGAGUAUGCCCUGCCCUUGGGCUGGUGCAGGUUCAACCUCAGGGUGAAUCCCCGCCUGGAGGCCGGAACACUAACCAAGAAGUGGCACAUGGCGUACCAUGGGAGCAGUGUGGCAGCUGUGCGGAGGGUGCUGGACCGUGGGGAGCUGGGAGCAGGCGCCGCCUCCAUCCUGAGCUGCCGGCCCUUGAAGGGGGAGCCCGGAGGAGGGUUUGAAGAGCCUGGUGAGAACUGCGCGCCACCCCGGGAGGAGCAGCCGCCCCCAGUGUUGCUGUCCCCAUCCCUUCAGUAUGCUGGGGCCGAGACCCUGGCCUCCAAAGUGCAAUUCCGGGACCCCAAAUCUCAAAGGACACACCAGGCUCAGGUGGCCUUCCAGGUGUGUGUGCGCCCUGGCUCCUACACCCCAGGCCCCGCGUCUGCAGCUCUCCGGGACCCGCCGGACCCCCACUUGGGCACAGCCGAGCUGGAGUGGGUCACUAAGGAGAAGGGGGCCAUCCUCCUCUACGCCCUGCUGGUACGGGUGGAGUGAGGGGCCACGCGCAGCCGCCACAAGCACAGACGGGGCUCGGCCCACCGGCGGACUCAGCGGCCACAGCCUCCACCUCAUUCCAGCGACUCCCGGCAUGCACGGUGCUCAGUGUUGGCAGGUGCGCAGGAGCCGCAGUGUAGACGGGUUCAGAGCGGCGGUGGAGUCCAGCUCGGGGCCCGGGUCCGGGAGCUCCUGUUCAUGCACUGAUCCGGGGAACACGUCUCCCUGUUCACUCCCCUCUCCCGUAUCACUUAAUUUAUUUCCGUUUUUGUUUCUAGUUACUGUGAAUCCCGGGGGUCUCCCCACCUCCUUCUCCCCCGUGUCCACACGAUGCUGCUUUUCCGGGGGCCAGCGGGUGGGCGUGGGCCGGGCGGGCGCGAGGCCGACGGGGCCCGGUGUACAGUUGUUACCGACUGAUUUCUAAAGAGCCAACAAUAAACGCCCUCUCCUA